ACAACACUACUGGCAGUUUUAAUGGUUUUGUUUGAAGUGUCCACUAUGGUCCCACAAGUUCAAAUCUCGGAACUGUCACGCGCUAUCCAAGAAGCGACGGAUCCCAUAGUGAAGAAAGUUCUAGAAGGGAUUCUAAAUGACUUUAUGGACUUGCAAUUCGAAAAGGAAACUCCCUACACCACAGGGGUCACAGUCCUACCAAUGGACACUACCAUACAAGACGUCGAUACUGCUGUGUCCAGAGUGACAGAUUCAAAAAUCAAAGCUAUUUUAGCAAAAAUAUCAGAAACUUUCAAAUCUGGAGAUAAAACUCCACAAACGAAUGAUGGUUCUUGGAGCCCAAAACUUAAGCCUAUAUUAGUUUUGGUUAGAGAUAAUGAUGUUUAAUAAUAAAAUCAAACUUGUUACCAGUUCACCAUAUGCAAUUGAAACUUUCCUUUUGACUUCAUGUACACACUAGAACUUUGAAUGUUAGAAAGAUCUUUAAUUUUCUCUUGAUUAGUCAAAAGCUAUUUAGAUUAGUUUUCUUAUCGUAUAUUAAUUAAAUUUAACUGUACUUUUAUAAUUAUCGUUCAAAAAUAUAUGGACGUGAACUUAUUUCACUUUAUGUAAUACUAAUUAUUAUUAAAAAAAAUAUAGUUUAUGCAUAGGUUACAGUUUUAUUACAGAUAUCUAAACGAUUUCCU